AUGGAGUGCACACCAGACGAGCGUGUCGGCUUGAGCCCCGAGGAUGAGCUCAAGCUUUUUGAGGAGAUAGUAGUGGACAAAAUUAAGGCAGAGACAGAUGCAAUGAAAAAAGGCAUGUCAGAGCUCCAAAGUGUGUUGCACAAUGGCCUUGACGGGUGGAGGAGAGAACAGCAAUGCUUCAUGGCAGGCUUCUACCACGAGUGUUCCCAAAAAUUAUCCGCAGAGUUGGACAGCGCCAUGGACCGAAAUUCCCGCCGUCUGGAUGCCAUUGAGAAACGACUGCAAAAUCUGGAGGAAAACAUCACUGGGCGCCUGUCCAAACUUGAACAAAAGAACGUUUCCUUUACAGAGUCGACCCACUCCUCUCCGUCACGCGGUCUGGAGCACCAGGGAGACCUGUAUGACGUCAUCGCAGCGGCCACAGGUGUCUUUGACGCACCCCCCCCAGCUCAAGGCGGAGAUGUAGAGCCUGUGGAAACGCCACAGGAAAUGGAUGCACCGUUGCCACCACCAGAACCAGAACCCGAGGUCUUGGCGGCUAUACGUCCGUUUCUUCCACGUCAGAUUAGCCGCCACGAAAGACUGAGUGGUCAGCAAAUGGCAUACUUCCUCUACCAGUGUGAGCGGAUGAGAAUAACCAGUUGA